AUGGCAGGCAUUGCCAUCCAACCACCUGCUUUGAGCCCUGUGGGCGGUGGCCGACGAGUAUCUGGAUUAACCAUAAAUACUGACUUGGAUGUGUCCAGCUUCCCCGAAUACGUGGACCCUUUCACCUCAUCUGAGGAGACCAUCAUGGAUUCACCGUCAGGUGUCGCGGUCGCGAACCCGCUGGUUCAGAAGGUCAAGGAGGAUGAGCCAGGAAGACACCCUUCGCCCCAGCCUACUCAUAUCGGCUAUCCCAGCAUGUCAAAGGUGAACGGUAAUGGCCACCGUGUGCUGCGUUCCGCAACAGUUGGCUACAUUGCUCCCGAGUUUAAGGGUAAGCAGGAGCAAAUGAAGCAAGUCAGGGAAGCCAUUAUGAAGCAUGGUUGGAUUCCCGAGUCGCUCGUCGAUAACCAGAUUUCUUGGUUUUACAAUGAGCUCGGCAUCGACGAUGUCUACUUCCAGGCAGAAAACCCGGAUGUCAUUGCCAACCACAUCAUGUCGCUCUAUGCUGCCAAGUUGGCGGCCUUCUCACGCGAGGACAAGCGGCAUGAGAUUCGUCUUGACAUGGAAGCUUCAGACCAUGCCAUUUACAUUGACACGAGCGAGCCUGGUAUUUCCGCUAUGAGCGGUCCCCGCUACGAGCAUCGUCUUGAGGCCAAGUAUUUGGAUGGCUCCGAUCCGUCCAAGCGGUUUCGCGUUGAGACCUUCCGUUCGCCGGUCGUCAUUGGCCAUCCAGAUUCCAAGGCUGCCCUGCGCUGCUAUUUCGUCUACCAGUGCCAGUUCGUUGAGCCGAAUGCCGAUCCUAAGGAGACUCGCCUCGAAGUGAUCAGUGACCGCAUGUUCUUGGCCAAGGCCACCAAGAACACCAAGCAAAUCUACAAGGACAUCAUCGAGACAGCUGUUAGUAGGACCGGUCCUGUCAUUGAGGUGUACGAUAUCGAAGGAUCGCAAGAAAAGCGGCUGGUUAUCGCCUUCCGCGCCCGGACUGCAAGGGGCAUGUUCAGCGCCCUGAGCGAUUUGUACCACUACUAUGGAGUGACCAGCUCACGUAAAUACGUUGAGCAGUUCUCCAACGGUAUCACGGUCAUGAGCAUCUACCUGCGUCCCGCUGCGAACCUUGACAGCAGCAAAUACCCCCCGAUCGAUGAAUCGAUUCACCAGAUCACCAAGGAGGUUUCCCUUCUCUACUGCCUGCCACAGCCCAAGUUUCACGAGCUAUUUGCUGCCGGUGAGCUCAGCCUGCAGGAGACGAUCUACGCUCACUGUGUUUGGGUUUUCGUUCAGCACUUCUUGAACCGUCUUGGGUCCGAGUACGCUUCGCUGAUGCAGGUCCUCGACCCGAAGAACAAUGGCCACGCCGAGAUUCUGUCGAGGAUGAAGAAACGUCUGCGCACCGAGACAUUCACUCCCGAUUACAUCGCUCAGAUCAUCAGCUCUUACCCCGGCCUCAUCCGCGCUUUGUAUGCAUCCUUCGCCAGCGUUCAUCUCAGGGUUGGUCCCGAGUUCGACCGCCACUCCAUUGCCCCGACCCCUGCUGUCGAGGUGCUCUCGGACGAGAAGCUUAAGGAGAAGAUCACCAAGGAUGUCUCUAAUGAGCAUGACGAGAUGGUCAUGACUGCUUUCCGCGUCUUCAACAAUGCGGUCCUCAAGACCAACUACUUCACGCCCACGAAGGUUGCUCUCAGCUUCCGUCUGGACCCUUCCUUCUUACCCGAGAUUGAGUACCCUCACCGCCUGUACGGCAUGUUCUUUGUCAUUACAGCCGAGUCCCGUGGCUUCCAUCUCCGCUUCAAGGACAUUGCUCGUGGCGGUAUCCGUAUCGUCAAGUCCCGCAGCAAGGAAGCCUAUGCUAUCAACGCUCGGAACCUGUUCGACGAGAACUACAACCUCGCCAGUACUCAGCAGAGGAAGAACAAGGACAUUCCUGAAGGCGGUUCCAAGGGUGUCAUUCUCCUGGACCCCAAGUCUCAGGACAAGGCUCGCGAAGCGUUUGAGAAGUACAUAGACAGCAUCCUUGAUUUACUCCUUCCAGCUCAGACCCCUGGUAUCAAGAAUCCUAUCGUCGACCUCUAUGGCAAGCAGGAAAUCCUUUUCAUGGGUCCCGAUGAGAACACGGCUGAUUUGGUUGACUGGGCCACCGAACAUGCUCGGGCUCGGGGCGCACCUUGGUGGAAGUCAUUUUUCACUGGCAAAUCGCCAAGGUUGGGUGGUAUCCCUCAUGACACCUACGGCAUGACCACUUUGUCGGUCCGCGAGUACGUCAAGGGCAUUUACCGCAAGCUGAAUCUGGAUCCAUCUACCAUCAAGAAGAUGCAGACUGGCGGCCCGGAUGGUGACCUUGGCAGCAAUGAGAUCCUGCUCAGCAAUGAGAAGUACACGGCCAUUGUCGACGGCUCCGGCGUUCUUGUUGACCCCAACGGCAUUGAUAAGGAGGAGCUCUACCGGCUUGCUAAGAAACGCCAGAUGAUCUCGCAUUUUGAUCUCUCUAAACUGUCAAAGGAUGGCUACCGUGUUUUGUGCGAGGAUACUAAUGUUACUCUCCCCAGCGGUGAGGUCGUCAGCAACGGCACCGCCUUCCGGAACACCUUCCACCUCCGCGAUAGCGGCAUGACUGACAUGUUUGUUCCCUGCGGUGGUCGUCCUGAAUCGAUCGAUCUCAUGUCGGUGAACAAGAUCAUUAAGGAUGGCAGGGCCACAAUUCCUUACAUUGUUGAGGGUGCCAACCUUUUUAUUACCCAGGAUGCCAAGAUCCGCCUUGAGGAGGCUGGCUGCAUCGUCUUCAAGGAUGCAAGCACCAACAAGGGCGGUGUCACGAGCUCUUCACUUGAAGUUUUGGCGGCUCUCAGCUUUGAUGAUAAAGGCUUCGUGGAGAAUAUGUGCCACGAUGCACGUGGCAAUGUUCCAGAGUUUUAUAAGGCAUAUGUCAAGGCUGUGCAAGAGAAGAUUCAGGAGAAUGCACGCUUGGAGUUUGAGGCUAUCUGGCGUGAGCAUGAACAGACUGGUGUGCCCCGAUCUAUCAUCUCCGACAAGCUGUCUCAUGCGAUUACGUCGCUCGAUGAACAGCUGCAGCACUCUGACCUCUGGGAGAACCAGAAGGUCCGCCGUGCAGUCCUUGCUGAUGCCCUGCCCAAGCUGUUGAUCGACAAGAUCGGCUUGGACACCAUUAUCCAACGCGUUCCUGAUACUUACCUGCGUGCCAUCUUUGGGAGCUAUCUUGCGAGCCGUUUCGUCUAUGAAUAUGGCAGCACCCCGAAUCAGUUUGCCUUUUAUGACUUCAUGUCUCGCAGGAUGUCCAAGAUCAACAUCACAGAGUAG